AAACACAGUUUGAGGUCGGCUGCUAUCAUUCAUUUGUGUUUACGUCUUUUCUAAUGCAUAGUCAUUUUUGAGCUAUCCAAGUUGUGUUUUGAUUGUGAACGAUGGAUAACAACCCGGUUAAUGAAGCACUUCCUGAUGCAGCAAGUGCGGAAGAUAAUGAACAAAAUGUAGAAAUGCCUUCUCAUACAGACGAAAGCUUACCGGCCCUCCUCAACAGCGCCCCAGCUACUCCAAAAGCAGAUAAUAAAACACCCAAAAUUACAGUGGUACUCUGUCCAGUUGGAGGAGCUCCUAUUAUGAGACAGAGGAAAUGGGAAGUAGAUUCCACACAGACAAUUGGCUUUAUUGCAUCCUUUAUCAGGAAGAAACUUACACUCCAGAAGUCAGAUUCUCUUUUCUUUUAUGUCAACCAGUCAUUUGCCCCUUCACUUGACCAGACAGUCCAGAACCUUUUUGAUUGCUUUGGUUCUGAUGGCAAAUUGAUUUUAGCUUAUUGCAGAACACAAGCAUGGGGUUGACAGGCUUACAGUAGAAGAUUCUCAGCAGACAAUGUGAUUUUUUUUUUUGUAUUAUGACCUUUCUCAAUCAAGUACAGAGAAUGUAAUAAAUUAAUGGUUUAAUCUUUCUGAAGUUCCAUUACAUGCUCGAUGGCCCGAGGUUUACCGUCUUCGCCAACUCGAGCCGGCUGAAUGAUUCCUUUUCUGAAAAUAUCAAUGUAUUUGUUGUCGAGUUAAUAAAACGUUUUCUAAAGUGAA